GACUGAAGCGACUUCCGUACAUAACAAUGUGACGCUGCCUGAAACUGUCACUGCCACUUCAGAUUGACGCUUACAAAAUGAACAUCCACGGUUUCCUCGUUUUGGCCGCUUUAUUAUCCGUCACAUCGACACAGUUUGUACCACCGUUUACAGAGGACUGUCGGACGAACAUGUAUCCACCAAAUGGUCCCACGUUGAGAGGACCUGUCGGUUGGUACACAGUGGACCUCGACCUGCCGCCCACAAAGAGAUGGACAGAAGUGAUCACUGACAAAAAAAAUGAUCUGGUGGCCAUGGUUCAGGCCAUCAAAGACUUGGCCGAUGCUUUUGUGCCCAGUGGAAGGCUGAUAGAGCUGGUUGACAUCACACUGCCUUUAAUGGUGGAAACGCUACCAAACCCAUUUAAAGAUGAAAUCAAAGGAAUCGCGGCUGUUUCAGGGGUUCCACUUGGUGAAGUUGUCUUGUUCAAUGUCUUCUAUGAGGUGUUCACCGUGUGUACAUCUGUUGUAGCAGAAGAUGAAAAGGGUCAUCUGUAUCAUGGAAGAAAUUUAGACUUUGGAUUAUUUAUGGGCUGGGAUGCGAAAAACAAGUCGUGGACGAUCAGCGAGAAGCUAAAGCCUCUGGUGGUCAACCUUGACUUCAAGAGGAAGAACCAGACGGUGUUUAAGUCCACGAACUUUGCUGGAUACGUUGGCAUGCUGACUGGCAUCAAGCCUAAAGCCUUUACUCUGACUAUGAACGAGCGCUUCAGCCUUGAUGGAGGAUACAUUGGAAUCUUGGAGUGGAUCUUGGGACAAAGAGAUGGGAUGUGGAUGAGCUUUCUCACUCGAUCUGUCCUCGAGAAUGCAAUCAGCUAUGAGGAAGCCAAAAACCAGCUGGCUCAGACCAAGCUGCUCGCUCCAGCAUACUUCAUCCUGGGAGGAAAUCAAACAGGACAGGGCUGCAUCAUCACCAGGUCCAGACUGCUCAGCAUAGAUGUCUUGGAGAUUGACCUGAAGCUGGGCCGGUGGUACGUUCUGGAAACAAACUAUGACCACUGGAAGGAGCCUUUCUUCCUGGAUGACCGCAGGACUCCUGCCAUGAAGUGCAUGAACCAGACCACACAGACGAACAUCUCAUUGAAUGCUCUGUAUGAUGUGCUCUCAACCAAACCAGUGCUAAACAAGCUGACCACAUACACCACACUGAUGCAAGUAUCUGAAGGCAAACUGGAGUCGUACAUCCGUGACUGUCCAAACCCGUGCAUGCCGUGGUGAUCCUCUGAACACCAGCUCCUGUGGUUAUGUUGCACUACGUGGAGAAAAACUAAACUGAUUUUAGCAUCAAUCUGAGCUUCAAGUGUUUGCACUGUAAAUGAUACGAACCGGUUCGUGAGACUGUUAUUUUUGACUUCUGGGAUUUGUUUUUUGCAGAGUAAAGAUUUACUGUAACCUCUGAAGAUAUUAAAUCUUCAUCACCAAAGAAUCAAACCUGUAAAUGUAACUCGUCUUUGACUACAAUUAUAUUUGUAUUGUUGCAGUAGAGUUUCUGUGGUUGAGGGACCCUUUUUUUUCCCCAAACGUGCUAUUCAUUUCACCAACUGAUACUGACAAAUGUGCAUUACUUCCACUUACUUCAUUUUUCCCUUUUUCGAUGACUAAUAAAGGGAUUUACAAAUGUGA